AUGGUGGACAGGCUGAACGCGCGCGAGGACAAGACGUGGACCGCGGCGAUACACCCGGGGUGGGCGCGCGCGACGAGAGCGGACCUCGACCUCCUCGCGGGAUGGAAGCCGCGGGUUGGCGGAAGCGGGAAGGAUCGUCAUGAACGCGACGACGACGACGACGAUCCGCUCUGGACGCGCUCGCCGUUCGCGUCGACGCCCGCGGCGCCGCCCGGGGCCCAUCGCGCCGCGUCGCGCCUCGGCGGCCUCCUCGACGGCCUCGUCUCCUUCGGCGGCGAUAGAGAUGAUGACCAGAACGCGACGACCGUCGCGGCGCGCGGCGCGUUCGACCCCGUCGCUGACGGCCUCCCCGAACUCUUCGACGCGCGCGAGAGAUGGCCGCGAUGCGCGCGCGUCGUCGGCACCGCGCUCGAUCAGGGCAAGUGUGGCUCGUGCUGGGCGGUGGCGACGGCCGCGGUGCUCACCGACCGCGCGUGCAUCGCGACGAACGGCGCGCUGGGCGGCGGGGGCGGCGGAGGUGAAUUUUUGAGCGCGUCGCAGCUGUUAUCGUGCGGCGCGGCGGACGGCUGCGAGGGCGGCGACGAGCGAGACGCGUUCGAGUACGCCAAGACCCACGGCGUCGUCACCGGCGGGGCGUACGGCGACGAGAGCACGUGCGCGCCGUACUUGUUCGACGCGUGCCAGCACCCGUGCGAGAAGUCGCCCACGCCGGAGUGCCCGUUGAGCUGCGUGCGUCCGAAGGGAACGCGGGUCGAGGACGCGCCGGCGUACCGAGUGAAGGAGAUCGUUUCGUGUCCGGAACGGGACUACUCGUGCGUCGCGAAAGAGAUCGCGACGCGCGGGCCGGUGACGUCGUACGCGGGGACGAUAUGGGGCGAGUUUUACCUGUACGACGGACGCGGCGUCUUCGCGUCCAGCGGGGACGAGCGCGUUCGAGGGGAGAACCACGGCGGCCACGUCGUGAAGUUGAUCGGGUGGGGGCGGGACGAAAAAGCGCGCGGGAAGCCGGCGACGGCGGGGGGAUACCACUGGCUCGUGGUGAACUCGUGGCGGAACUGGGGGAACGACGGGUUCGGGCGCGUCGCGGUCGGGGACGUGGGGUUGGGGAGCACGGUGCGAACGGCGGUGAUGGCGCCGCCGGGGGAUGCGGAGGAGAAGGACGCGUCGUCGUGA